GCGCUGCUGCUGCGUGUUUCACGAUGCGCUUUUACGCGUCACGAGCGAUGCGCGUUAUCCAAACCAGAUAAGGUUUUACCCCCAAAAGAAGUAUUUUUUUAAGCAGGAAGUUAUUUUUUUAAUAAGAAAAAGUUCUGACCCGGCCUGUUCACCAAAAGUUUGCAAAGUUUCUACCAGAGUUUGUGCUGACGUGGAGAUGGCAGAGGGAGACUUUUACACCAUGGGAAACCGGCAGCGCUUCCCCAGAGACCCGUUCGAGUCUCCCUUCAGGGAUCAGUCUCCCUUCAGGGACCAGCUGGCGUCCCGGUUUAUGGACGAUGACUUUGGGAUGCCCCCGUUCCCCGAGGAUCUGAGCAUGGACUGGCCCGGGUGGGCUCGGCCGGGCCGGUUAAGCUCGCGCCUCGGCGCCUCGCCGUUUGGCACCGGUUUACGCACAGGCUUCCCCGCGCGUCAGUCCACGGGGGGGCCUGCGGUUUACACCAGCAGGUACGGAGAGCCCCCGUCCCGGGGCUCCCCCACCAGCAGCGGCGGCGAGCCGUGGAAAGUGUGCGUGAACGUGCACAGCUUUAAAGCAGAGGAACUGAACGUGAAGACCAGGGACGGCUUCGUGGAGGUGUCAGGAAAACACGAAGAGAAGCAGGAGGAGGGGGGCAUAGUGACGAAGAACUUCACAAAGAAGAUACAGAUCCCCACAGACGUAGACCCCCUGACAGUGUUUGCCUCCUUGUCCCCUGAGGGCGUCCUCAUCAUCGAGGCGAGACAGACGCCUCCCUACUACCUCGUCAGCGGCGAGGACUCCAAGGAAGGCGAGAAGCCAGAGAUGGAGGACCCAAAUCCUGAAGACUCUCCUGUCGUCUAAAUUAGCAAAUUUAAACCAUCGGCUGCAAAUGUGACACCAAACGUGCAGCUUUAUGUCCACUUCUAGCAACUUUUUCUGCUGUUAAUGUUAAAUUAUUUUUCAUUCCUCUUUAAGAAUAAUUAAAAAUGAUGAUUUUCUUUAAGUUUGACAUGUUUUUUUUGUCUUUUUCUUGUUCAAAAUAUUUAAAGGAGGUGUUUGAAACGAAGAUUAAGUUCUGAGUUUAAGGUUUCUCCAUCAAAUGCACCAUCUAAAACACAAAUCUGAAGAUUUAUCCUUUUGAUUUGUCAACUCUGAUCAAAAUUAUUUUAAUUUUCUGAUCUCAUCUUACAAUUUGUUUAAAGUAAUCCCUUAGAUAAUGUCUUAAAACACACUUUAAAAAGAUGCUAGUAAACAGGAGAUUAACCAACUAACGUUUUUGUUUGUAACAUUUUUGAAGGUGUUUACAGUGUGAGGAAGUAAACAGUUUUUAGGAAACAGACGAGGAUCUAACACAAAAGUGCCUUCAUUGAUACAGUUUGUUAGCUUUGAAUUCUGCAGGAUUUUAGAAAUUAACUAAAUAAAUAUUGUUCAUGUCAUAAUUUAAUAUUUUAAAUGCUUCAAUGAAGGGUAAUUUUGUGCACUAACGUUGUUGAAUUUUUGUAAAGAUUUGCUAACAUGUGCCAUUGAAAUGGAAUCUUUUUGAUGUUUUUGUUUUUGUGAAGCGUAGAAGUUGCUCCAGGAUUUGUUGGGGAAAAUUGUUACCUUUUUUUGAUGUCUUUGUACUGAAUGAUGCAAUAAAAGAGUCUGCCAGCG